AGAUAUACUGCUACAGGUUGGCAAAGACGUGACUUUACAUUUCCGCCAUUCGCGGCUGUGGCUGUCAAUCACCGUGUCCCGACCGGUGAUUACCCACCAGUGCCCGGUGAUUACCGAGCAUCUCCAAUGGGGAGGAGGAUUGUUUUGUUUACUAACAGUCCUCCCUGUCAGCUUGGGCACACUACUCUGGAUGGCUGUGCACAGCACAGCCAUCCAGAGCAGUGUGAUUACAGUGAAGCACACUGCCACCGCUCCUCAGUAAAACACUCCCUGCAUAUAGUUAACCCUUUGAUCACCCCUCAUGUUAACCCCUUCCUUCCCAGUGCCAUUAGUACAGGGUCAGUCCUUUUUUUUUAGCACUGAUCACUGUAUUGGUGUAA